AUGGGCCGCAAUAAAAGGCCCGUCUCUCACCCGACGGAGACAGGACCCCAGCAGUCACAGCAAACUGGUACGCUGGACGGGUACCUAAGAACGCCGACUAGACAGCCACGCGCUGUAACAGGAUCCAAGAUGGCCGACGACCGAGCUCCAGCACAGGUACCUGACGCACAGGAACCAUCCUUAGCAGAUAUCAGGGCAGAUAUUAGGGCCCUCAUAGAAGCCAUGGUCACAAAAUCUGACCUUCAAGCCCUAUCAGCAAACCUACAUGAAGUUAUAAGAUCAGAGGUAGCCACACUGCAGAGGGACCUCACAGCCCAAGAUGGCCACAUACAGACCCUGGAAGGCGCACAGCAAACAGCUGCGACCAGUAUAGAGGCCACAAAUGCAGCAGUAGCUAGACAGGGGGCAAUGCUACUGCAAAUAAGAAGACAAACAGAAGACCUGGACAAUAGGGGGUGCAGAUCCAACAUAAGGAUCCGCAACAUACCUGAAGCCCCUGGGGAAGAAGAUGUUGGUGCCAUGCUGACAGACCUGUUCAGGUAAAUCCUGGGCCCAGACGCCCCGCAGCACCUCGUCUUCGACAGAGCACACAAGGCUCUGAGACCCCGCACUACAGAAAACCCACCAAGGGACAUUAUAUGCGGUCUACAUGAAUGCACUGAAGUAACAGACUGGGUCCUGGGCCCACUAGAGCAGAGAAACCACCAAAUGGCCCCUAGAGCACCCAGACGCCACAGAGAAGAUUCGCCUCAAGGACGCCAAGCGCGCAGAUACCAACAGCCAGCACAACAACAAGCACACCCCGAAGUGGAAUAG